CGGUGUCGCGGUGGCCGAUGGUAUCAUCUCGCGAAUAAGUGGUCCUGCCUGUCUCGAUCCUCGCGAUUUCUCGCCUCCCGCGGACGCUCGAACAUCCGGUCGGCCGCUACCAAAAUGGCCGCGCGCUGAGAAAACUCCCCCGGGUUUCCUAGUGCGAUCUGAACCCUUUUCAGGCGGUGCUUGUUCCCAGGGUUUAUUCUUUCUUGACGAUGACGUCGACACAGAAACGCCUUGGAUAGGAUCCUCCAAUCGCGCAGAUAGAAAGGAAGAUAAAAGGAAGAAACGGAGAACGAAGAGAAAUCGAAAGUCAGAGCCAGAUCGGCCUUACCGAAGUAAGCAGGAGCGACUGGACUCGCUCAUGCCGGGCAGGGCGGAAGGACUCAGAAGUAGCAAUAGCAGUAGCAGGUGGAUCUCAGCAGUGUGUGAGAAAAAAUCAUUGGCAGAAGACGUGGAAACGUGAAGGGUGUGUCAUUUUUUUGCCAGAGACUAUUUUCCCUCGCGAAAACAAGCUUCCACGGAAGGAUGUCGCUCAGAACGGAACGCUCGACGCUCCUCGCGUCGUUCCUGACGCUGCUGAUGACAUUAAUAACGAUGACGUUCUGGCGAACCGCUCACGCUCACGUGGCUCUGACAUUCCCGCCAGCCAGGCACUACGAUCUGGACUUCCUAGAUAAUGCCAGAACGCCGGCACCGUGCGGCAUGCCGCGUGGCCACGUCAAGACAUCAUUACUGGCAGGAAGCAAGUUUAAUGUCACAUGGCACCUCGCCUAUCCCCACAGGGGAGGAUUUCGUCUUCAAAUCUUAGACUUUUAUGACAGACCUCUGAUCGACUUGACGCCCAUCACAAAAAACAGCGAGUUUGUCGAGGGCGAUGCCACGGCGCAGAGGUAUCCAGUGCAGCUGCCGCAAGAUUUCACCUGCACGGACUGCACCAUCAGGUUGCUGCGGGAGGCCGAGGAAUGGGGCUCCAGCUACAGAUUUUGGUCGUGCGCCGACAUCGAUAUUCUCGAUAGAGUGGGUUACAAAGAGAACUGUAGCGGUAAUGGACGUCACCUGCUAGGCAGGUGCAGGUGCGACCGUCUCUACCACGGCGCGAGGUGCGAAAUUAAGGAGGAGUGCGUGGACGACGCGGACUGCGGUAUUCUGGGCACGUGCGUCGACCAUGGUGGCACGACCGUGCCUACCAAGCAGUGCUACUGUAACGCCGGAUGGUUUGGUCCGGGUUGCGCGAAGAGAUCACCGGUGAAAAGUAUCGACGUAAAUUUGGAUGCGUAUUCGAUGAAGCGAUUCUCUGACGACAUCAUAUUCUACUGGCGGAUAUUGAAGGAGAGCAAGGAAGUGGAAGGCAUUCUUGUAGCCAACUCCACAACGUGGAUUGGUUUUUUCCCUACGAUUAAAGAUAUGUUCCCUGAACCACUUCCGCAGCCGGAGCCGAAAUCGGAACCCAUCGACAAAUCGACGCCCAAACCGGAACCAGAACCCAAACCGGAACCAGAACCUGGCGUGGAAGGUGAGAAAUCGAUAGCGAAGAGACGAUCGGCGAAGGCAGAUGCUGCGAAUUUCGGAGUAACAUCGCGACCGGAUGUUGAUGUUACUGUACAGACCAGCGUGACCUAUCAAGUUAGCACAAAACAAGGUCGCAAGAGGAGAUCUCCAAAAUCAUCCGCAGCCUCUGCGCUUGGGAGAGAAGUCGGCGAGGUCAGCGAUGUUAUCGAGCAGAAAACCACCUCUGAGCCAGAAUCCACUUCUGAGCCAGAACCUACCUCUGAGCCAGAACCAAAAUCCGAGCCUGAACCCAGCUCCGAACCAGAGCCGAAAUCUGAGCCUCAACCCAGCUCUGAGCCACAACCAAAAUCCGAGCCUGAACCUAGCUCUGAACCGGAACCAAAAUCCGAGCCUGAACCUAGCACCGAGCCGGAACCAAAAUCCGAACCAGAACCUAGCUCCGAGCCGGAGCCGAAAUCUGAACCAGAACCUAUCUCUGAGCCAGAACCGAAAUCUGAGCCGGAACCGAAAUCCGAACCGGAGCCAAAAUCCGAACCGGAGCCAAAAUCCGAGCCAGAGCCAAUAUCCAAACCGGAGCCAAAAUCCGAACCGGAGUCAAAAUCCGAGCCAGAACCAAAAUCCGAACCGGAGCCUAAUUCUGUACCGGAACCAAAGUCUGAACCGGAACCCAAAUCUGAACCAGAACCCAGCUCAGAACCGGAGCCAAGUGUGGGUCCAAAGUCGGGAGCGACGAAAGCAUCGUUGCCGGCGCCAGGACACAAAUACACGCCUAAGCACGACUUCAACCCCAUGGACUGCACGGACAUUAUAAUCGGCACGGCUCGAGGGACGAGUUACAGGAUCGGCGAUUAUUACACGAGGGAUAGAUCGACGCCGCGCAAGGACGCGUACUGGGACGAGACUGGGAAGGACAGCCUGACGGCUGCGUUCGGCUACGAACGCGACGGCGUCACGACGAUACUCUUCCGCAGGAAGUUGGCCGCAAACGAACCGACCGAUCACGAGAUCCGCGAUGGCAAUAUGCAGGUGAUUUGGGCGAAAGGUCAAGAGCCGGGCAGAUACAUACACCAGCCGGCUAGCGGAAUCGAAAAGGCCAAGGUCGGCGUCAAAGACUUCUACAAGGUGGACGAGCUCAAAUAUCACGGCCAUGGAAUGCAGAGAGGCGUGGUCACCAUGAAUUUCUUCGAUGAAGUUAAAAGACCGGAAUUCGCUGGCGGUGUAGUAUCGCAAGAUGGUAUCUGCGGUGGCCAGUGGCGUUAUCCAAGAAAUUGCUCACCGGAAAAUAACACUUGUGAAUAUGCUAUACAAUGGACAUACAAGGAUAAAACGGAUCUAAUAACGUUCGUAAUCUCCACGACAAAUACCAAUACGUGGACCGGCGUUGGAUUUUCUGAUGACAAUAACAUGUCACAAACCGAUGCCAUACUCGGCUGGGUCGAUAAGACAAAAGGUCAGGCUUUCGUGAUGGACACCUGGAUCAGCGGCUACAAUGCACCGUUGCUAGAUCCAUCACAAGACGUAUAUAACAUCAGCGGUCGCAUCGAAAAUGGCGUAACCACCCUCCGGUUCUCUAGAAAGCGCGUAACGAAAGACGUCAAAGAUUUUUCAUUUACAGAUGAUCACUGUUUAUAUAUGAUGUUCCCGGUGAAAGGAGGCAUAUUUAAUCCGAUCAAUAAGAAGAUUCGAAAACACGACGUAAAACCGGUCGUUUCUUCAGAUAGAAUAUGUAUCAAGUCUUGCGGCCAAGAAGAAAUUGAAGAUCAAAGCACGGUCCCACCUCCAAGAUUCUAUUACGAUGUUGAAAUCAAGCUCGUCAGCUUGGGUGACGGAUUUGUGAUUCCCGAAUCCGAUAGUCCCGAUUUCAAACUAAUCUCGAACAAGAUAUCAGAGAGCUUUGAACCGGUCUUCAAGAUGCUUCCGGGUUACCAUCACGUCCAUCUCAACGAAUUACGAAAAGAUAACGAACGGGGAGUGAUUGCGCGCAUGAACCUAAUAAUCGACAAGAACGAAAUCAAGGGUAGAUCGUUAAAACCCGCUGACACCGGUUUAGAAGUGGAAAAAGCGUUGCGCGAGGCGGUCGUGACCGGUCAAGUCGGUAUACUCGGCGUCGAUCCGCAAUACUUAAUAGUAAGAACACCAAGAGUAAACGACAUAGAGACAGAAGAUGAAAAUGAUCGGCCGCCCUCCGCGACGUACUUGUUCUUGAGCGCGACGAAGUUUUAUAUCGUCGUUGGUUGUGUAGCAGCGUUGCUAGCUCUCGCUCUGCUCCAAGCCAGUUGUACUAUCUACAGGAGCUCAAGAAAACGAGCAACCAAGGAACGUUUGAUUGCCAGUAAUGCCUGGAAGGAUUACGCUUCCGGCGCGAACACAAACUUCGCAUUUGAGGCGUUCGAAACGGAAGAGAAGGCGCCGCCGCCCCCGAUUUCUAGCCUGCCGAGAACCAGGGAGAUGACCGGCAACGGCAUGACUGGCAUGAACGGUACCGAUGCAGUCGAAGGGCCCAACAGGAUGGUCGGACCCAGAGCGACUUACAGUCUUCCACGCGCUCCCGGUGCCAGACACUCGGCGCCUAUCCAGCAUGGUUACUAUACGCAAGAUCGCAGGGAUCAUUACGGGCGACCUAAGAGCAUGCACAAUUCAGGCAUAGCAACUCAAGCGAAUCAACCAGACUUCUACUUCAUGCCCAGCCAGCGAAAGUAUAGCGGCGAGGUUGUGCGCGUUUAUGUGGAUUACAGCAACCAGCCGAAGUAAUCAAGAGAAAGUUCAGAUCAAAAAUCGCGAGAAAACGAUUUACUCGCUUCAUCGAAGCGAUCUGUACAUAUCCGAGUUGUAGUGACAGAGGUCGCGAAGAAAGGACUACGCAACCCCUGUGCGGUGCUAUUUUAUCUGUUUCUUUUUUUCUCUUUCCCCGUGAUUUCUCUCCCCUGAAGAUCCAACUGAAUCGAGUCGCUGGAUUUAGAAAACGGGGAGAGAAAUUGUCCCGUAGGAAGCAUAGAAGUGGCGCUUACGACCAAAGAAAAUAUCCAUGGGGCCCGCGCCCUGUAAUUCUGUAUAGAGCGCAUGAACUCUCGUCAAACUUUUGUGCUUUUGCGGUAGAGAAACUGUACAAUUAUAUAAGUAAAUUUCAUAUAGUAGUCGAAAAUCUGAUAGUCCGAACUGUCCGAGGAUCCCUGGGUCCAAAAUACGAAUCUUACGAUUUAGCAGGAAGUAUUCGAAGAUUCAAGAAAGAUCCAAGGGCCAUAUAACUUAACAUGAAGUAAAUAAGACUUGAAAGACCCACGGAUCCUAGAAUAACAGGAUUCAAUAAUCCUGAAAUUCGAAAAUUCAAAUACCGAUAAAAAAAACAUGUACCUAAGUUUAUCUCAUUCGAUGCGUCUGUUUAUAUCGCGUAAUAGAAUGCCGACAUGCUCAAUGGGAUGCAUUUACAUCAUCUACUCUAAAGAGCAAGCGAGAACGCGCGUUUGAGCAAUAAAACAUUUGUACAUUUUUAAACAAAAAUGCGUCCUGAAUUUCUUUAAUGGAUUACCUUCUUUAAAAUCCUAUUUCCAUACUGUUUUACUUAUGCAGUUGGUCUAUCAGUUUUCAGAGAAGCGGUAGCGCGAUCAUAACGAUAAACAAGCAAAAUACUUACGAAGCGGUUAAUAAUAAUCGUUAUGGAUAAAAAUUGUAAUGCUUGUGACAAUGACGACAUUGUGGAUAUAGAUAAUCGUGUUGGUACGGAUUAUAAAUUAUUACAAUAGAGUGAUAAAAUUAACGAUAUAAUACUUGUAAUAAUUAUAAUAACGAUAGAUGCAGCAGCAGUAGUAACGAUGGCAAUAAUAUUACAGUAUUAAUUACAUUAAUGUCAUUAACAACGGCGUCGCGUGCAGCCAGACUUCCGAAAUAUUUUCACGAGCGAUGGAAUAUAAGGCGACGCCAAAGAUAAACUUUCCCUCUCUCUCUCUCUCUCUUGCGAUCUCUAAAAGUACGCGAGCAUACAUCCGGAAGUCAAUUGUGGCACGCACUGCCCGCGUUCCCUAUUAUUACAUAACUAGUAUCGAGCACAUAUGUUCGGCUCUACCAUAAGUUUUUUUUCUUCGGUCACACGUGCGAAGUUUGAGAAACGAGUUCUACGAAUCUAAUAUUAAUAAUAAUGGCAUACCCACGAACGCGAAUGCAAACGCCGCGCGGAACAAUAGAGCGAUGUAUGUGACGAGUAAACGCGUGACUGAACUAUGGUGCUCGUUAGAAUGCACCUCGAAGCGUUUUGUAAGAAAUUAUAUGUAAUCGCGCACGUAUUCGCGCUCGGUGGGUACGCCAUAUUUUAUCUCUGCAUUUUAUCUCUGCUUUUUUUUAAUCUAUCGGUCUGUUUACUUGUUAGCUUGUCACUCAUACGCAUUAUUUCUCUCUCUCUCUCUCUCUCCCCCUCUUUUUUUCCCAUACACACA